UAAACCAACAUUUGAACAAGACAGUUGUUUUCAUUCGAACUAGAAACUCCCUUCAUGGGAUAUAUGUACUACAUUACACUUUGACUUAAUUAGCGUUAAGAUGGGUCCGUGUAGUUACGAUAUUGAUGUUGCCUCGUUGUGGUGUUUUUUGAGCUGCGGUAACCAGUUAACACCAACUUUGCCGUGAGUUCGUCUGCCUCUGUAUCUUAGUGAACUAAAACAAUAUUAGGAAGGAAAUCAACCUGUACUUUAAUUAGUUUUUUGAUACAAUACAGUUAUAGUUCCGCCAUUUUGAACAAAAUUUUGUAUAAUGUACACUCAAAGUUUCCUCGAUUAUCCUAUUUUUAUUAAUGAAAACCAUAUCGAAAUCGACUGCAGGGAUUAAAAGUAAGCGGACAAACAGACAGCAUCAUUGUUUUAUAGAUACCGUUCAGAGAAGAUAUUUUUAGUAUGUACCUAUUUUGUUACCUACAUACACUAUGUCAUGUUACGUAAUAAUAUGUAUUUUGUUACAUAGUUUCGUUAUCGAAUUCAUUUAUUAUACAAAAUUUGGAAACUGCUUUGAAUGUUUAAUUAUAUUUCUCCAAUUUAGUUACACCCUGGGGUAGGCACUGUGUACCUUAGUAAGUUGUUUACUACAUAGUUACUAGAAUCUCGAUUUAGUAUGGUUUACACUUCAAUAACUUACAUAAAUCGACAUGAUUUAUAGGUAGAGUUAAACUUGCUUAACAUAGUUGUUGUUAUGUUACGGUAGACAGACAUUACCAAAGAAUCAAGUGUGGGGAGACGGCGAGAGGAGUUGAGUCUACGCACGCGCUCUGUUGUUGAGAGUUCACACGCGCGCUUCGAAACCGCGGUGGGCCUCCACGUGUCGAACGCUACCGCUUGCCCCACCCCAUCUCCUUCACACCGCACACAUCCAGCUAUGACAUUCCAUCCAACCUUCAACAAAACGCGACGCGUACCGUCUACCUACCGUGUUUGUGGUGACAGGUUUUAAAACAAACACAAAUACAGAAUUAUUACUUCUUACUUCUGAUUUUUAGACAUAGUAUUUAGAUAUUUAAUUAUUAGAGUACGAUUUUUUAAUAAGUAAUAACGCAAGUAGAUUCUGUUAUAAUUUUAAUCAUUAACAUUUUACUUACCUACAUAUUGUUAUGAUAAUACUAAAAUAAUAAUAUAAUUACCUACUUUUAAAGUUAGUAUUAUAUUCCUCUCGAACCGUAUUCGCGACCUACGUAAGUUCAUAGGUAUUGAUUGAUUGUUAUGGUAGGUACAUAACAACGGAAUGGUACAUAUGGUAUGUAGGUACGUAUGGUACCUUAAAUUAAACAACAGCAAUGAACAGAAAACACCAUAAUACCAACCUUUAUAUUCGAGAUUAAGACUAUAUUAUGAAAAACCGAAAUAUGUUUGUUGAUGAUUUUCACGAGCAAUAGAAUAUUACGAGUAUAAUAGAAUAUUAUUUAUCAUUUAUACAAUGUAAUGUGUUCUACAUUGCAUUUUAUCGGGAUUGUGUCACUUUCUUGUCCAUUACCAGUCGCGUCGUUUUAUUGGCAGGUACUUAAGUAAAAUCACGAAUCAGCGAAGACACUGUCGUGUUUAUUACAGCAGAUAUACCCACACGGCGUUGUCCGGGUCAUGUUCAUGGUCUUAUGUGUUAAUUCAAGAUAUACUUCAACUGAUUUUUGCGGAAUUUCAUAGAAAUCUGUUGACGCAAUUUUCGCGAUUGUGUAACAAACCUCCAAACACACAAACACCCAUUUAUAAUAUUGUAUAGAGUAUGUGUACAUUAUGUUCAUAGCAAAUAAUUAGGUAUCUGUUAGUUUAUUUAAUUUUUUCUUUAGGGGUCGGUUUCUAGCGUAAAGAAAUGUAGUGUAAAGAUAUUGUACAGACAACAGGAAAACUCUACAACCAUAUACCUACUGAACAGAAGCAGAACUAAACAGAAGCUGGACAGAAGCAAAUGGAGAUAAAUCAUAUAUGGUUACGAUUCUCAAGGUGGAGGGUAAAACAAACAAGAAGAAGAAGAAGAAAAAGUUUCUUUUAGUAUCUAGUCAAUAAAUUAAUGAGUGUGUGAGUCUUACUUAACGAUGUGCUCCUAAAAAAACCCAGAAAUUAAAAAGCUAAAAAGAGGCAUUGUAAUCAUGAUCUGAAUUUUUCCUGGCGUUACCUGGGCAUCGAUUUAUAAGCGUGGAUAUUUAGGACACAGGGGUGAAACGAUGAAACGGGUGGCUUGAUGGAGAUUCGACUUGAAGCCGCGCUGGCGCGUUAUGUCAUGACGCCACGCGCGAGCAUUCCGGGCCGGGAGUCUUCAGUUGAGCGAUCAAGCGACGGCAGUCGGCCGCAGACUGUCGGUCGAGUGCAUGUGUUUUUUGAUCACGGAUCGCUGUAUAUGAAUCACAACCUACGCCAACAUUAGAAACGUUAACGCUUCGCAUCCAAAUCAUCAUUGUAUAACAUGAUAGGUGACGAGGAGCGAGUUCAUCAGUGCGGCGAGUGUGGUUUGACAUUGUCCACCCGCAGUGCGCUUACAGCACACGCACGAUCCCAUCGUUCUACUGCUGAUGCACAUCGCUGCGACGUGUGCCAUAAGACUUUUGCUGUGCCUGCACGACUCGUGCGCCACUACCGAACCCAUACUGGCGAGCGACCAUUUGAAUGUGAAUAUUGCCAUAAAAUGUUUAGUGUGAAAGAAAAUUUGCAAGUACACCGUCGUAUUCACACAAAGGAGAGGCCGUAUCGGUGCAAUGUUUGUGAUGCGGCAUUCGAGCAUUCCGGAAAACUUCACAGACAUGCUAGAAUCCAUACCGGCGAGAGACCGCACGCAUGUCCACAUUGUCAUAAGACGUUCAUACAAUCUGGUCAACUGGUCAUACAUUUAAGGACCCACACAGGUGAGAAACCCUAUCGUUGUCCUGCACCUGGAUGCGGAAAGGGCUUCACCUGCUCUAAACAGCUUAAAGUACAUUCUCGUACCCACACGGGAGAGCGACCCUAUACUUGUGAAAUUUGUCUCAGGGACUUUGGUUAUAAUCAUGUUCUCAAAUUACAUCGUUUUCAACAUUUUGGCGAGCGCUGUUAUCGUUGCACUGUAUGCGACGGUACAUUUAAUACAAAAAAACAAAUGGAGGCCCAUAUUUACAAAGAACAUGGCGCGGAAGCCCCCCGCACUGCACCUUUACAGAGUACAACACCAAUGGCUGCCGAUGGUAAAGUGAUGUGUGACUUGGUUGAAGCUGCUUUGCAACAGCUUCCUCCUACUCCACCUAGUUCACCGCCAUCACCUAGAUGUCCCAGUAUUUCAGUGGUUCCAAUGAUGCCAUCGUCAACUCAAGUCAACGAUACGCCGACAUCAUUAGCUGCGGUCCCCGUACAUUACAUUUCGUUGCCGUCUGAUUUACCGCCUAGAAAACGUAAAUUUAUUCCUCACAUAAACGAAGAAAUUACUCCGGCUGUGCGUCAUACUUCUGUUAUACAAUUUGCUCCGCCAGCUACAGAAUCAUAGUAGUGCUUGUUACAAAAUCAAUUAAAUUUAAAGUUAAAAAUUAACAUUAUUAUUAUAAUCAUUAAAGGCUUAAGAUAUUUUAGGUAGGUAUUUCAAGGCUGUUUAUUGGUUCGAUUGCAUGAGAAUGUGGAAUAUAGUGCUUGUGUUAGAUGAAUAGUUUGUUAUAUUAGGUACCUAGUUGAACUUUUAUGAUCUGGAAUCGGUUAAGUGUCAUUUAAAAUUUGUAUGUUUCAAUGAAUCAUUAUUAGUUAUGGAGAACCUCAGUUACUCUAGGAAUGCAUUUUGUUGAUCGGGUAAUUUGAAAGCUAUAAAUGUUUCGUUAUUUGUUUUUAUAAUCAACGUAUUUAAUCUAACGGUAGGUAUAUAGGUUUUUAAUGUGAUUUUGUGGUAAACUAGCAUUUACAAUUUCCGACAGUUUCGGUCAAGCCAUUUUUAAUUAAUCUGAUAAAAAAAUGUUAAAUCUAAAACCAAUUGUUGUAGGUUUUUGUUUUAAGUAAGUACAUUUAUAAUGAAUUAUUUAAGCAAAACGUUACAAUGCAUUAUAUUAAUGGAUUAUUACUACUUGAUCAUUAUACAUGCCUGUGGCUGUAUUGAAUAGCGUUUGAUUCGAAAAUCACAAACUCAAGAUAAUAUCCGUCACAUGUAAAAUCAAUAUUGAUUUGGAUGUUAUGUUUUAUAGAAAAAAAGUUUGUGUUCCAAUUUAUUUAUGAAACUGCUAUAUUUGGGAAUAAACAUUUUUAAAGAAA